AUGAUGCGUCUUUCGUGUGGUGUCCAAAUUUCACGUAUAGUUUUGCUUGUUUUAAAUAUUUUAUUUAUUCUAUUUGGUUUUGCAUUAUUGGGCUUUGGUAUUUAUCUUAAAGUAAGCAAAAAAUUUGAUGUUGCAUUAUCAGAUCAUAUUAGUGCACAAAUUAUUGGUGGAGAUGCUAUUGAAGUUGUUGGAAUAAUCUUGAUUAUUACCGGUAUUUUUACAGUAAUUUUAUCUGUAUUCGGUUGUUUAGGUGCUUUAUUCAAAAAUCGGCUCUUUCUCUAUUUAUAUGCAAUAAUUCUUAGUAUUUUAAUGAUUUUAGAAUUAGCUGUAUUUAUUACAACAAUGAGUUCUCGUGUUCGUGUACGUAAUAGUUAUGAAUCUGGUCUUUGGAAAGUAUUUAGUAAUGCAUAUGAUAGUCAUCAACAAGAUCUCAUUAAAUCCGUAGAAGAUUUAGAACUAGAAUUCAAAUGUUGUGGUGUUACGGAUGAUAGUGAUUAUAAAAAAGUAAAUUAUACAGUUCCUGCAUCAUGUCAUGAAGAUCAAUUAUUCUCUAAACCUAUAUUUGAAAAAGGUUGUGCUGAUGCAAUUAUUGAUUGGAUAUGGGAUGAAUUACCAAUAAUCGGUGGUAUCGUAGGUACUAUAAUACUUAUUGAAAUUUUUGGAGUUAUCUCUUCGGUUGCAUUGGCUGUUGCUAUUUCACAUUAUUCAUAUGGAGAACUUUAUGCAAAGUUAUAA